GAAGUUGGGCCGAGUUUUCGUGCGGGUAUCACUGUAGCCGCGAUGUGAUUGGUAGAUUUUUAUCACGUGUGGAGGUCGACAGUGUUAUGGACCAAUCAGAGAGCAGUACUUUGUGUGGGCGACGUUUUGAUUGGCUCCAGCUGUACAGCGUUUCUUUUGCAGCUAUUUUUUUGCUGGGUUUGUCGUCAGAAUUGAAUUUGCGCGCAACCGCCAAGACCACGUUGACCACGAUGCCCGUGAGCCGCGAGCUGAAGAACAAGAAGAACGACCACAAGGACCGCCAGUCGCGAGGCCGAGCCGGGUCGGGCGCUGAACCCAAGAAAGGCGGCGCCGGCGGCCAUAACUGGGGAAGCGUUCUCGAACAUGCGGAAGCCGAUGCGGCUUUGGACCGACGCGACCCCAACUACGACAGCUCGGACGAAGGCAAGCGGUAGUCGACAUCGCCUCGUCCAUGACGACGACGAUCUAAAUCUAUAAAAAUGACCUCUUGACCAAAUA